UUUUAGUCUAUGAAACUUCAUCCGUGUAACGACGAUUUCGUACUAUUCUAUAUUUUUCAUAAAAUUUAUUGUGUUUAAGUUUUCAAUAGAUUUUACUGAUUCGAGCUCUCAACGUUUAACCAUGUCCUUAUGGCGAAUAUUUUAAAUCACACCAGUAUUACUUUUGGAAUAAAAAUGUUAAUAUGAUCAAAUGUCCUAAACUUGUGAUCAAAUUUAGAAUGUCCCAAACUUGUGAUUAUUAUAUUGUAAUGAACACCAAAGACAUGUUAUUAUAUAUACACACACAUUAUAGGCGUAACUCUCCUACUUCCCAACUAUUCUCUAAUCUUCCUUCUUCCGGCCAAUCAAAAUGGGUGGUGAUAAACUUCGAUUAUUCGUUGGAAUUUUGGGAAAUGGAGCUUCCUUGUUGCUCUAUACAGCUCCAAUAUUAACAUUUUCAAGGGUGUUUAAGAAGAAAAGCACAGAGGAAUUCUCAUGUUUUCCUUACGUUAUGACACUAUUCAACUGUUUGAUCUAUACUUGGUACGGUUUACCAAUUGUGAGUCAUCUUUGGGAAAAUUUACCUCUCGUCACCAUUAAUGGAGUCGGCAUCCUUCUCGAAUCAAUCUUUAUCUUCAUAUAUUUCUGCUACGCGUCGACCAAAGAAAAGAUUAAGGUUGGUGUUAUAUUUGUUCCGGUGAUCGUUGUGUUCGGCUUAACAACGGCAAUCUCCGCCGUCGUGUUUGACGACCACCGCCACCGGAAAUCAUUCGUCGGAAGUGUUGGCCUCGUGGCUUCUGUCUCCAUGUAUGGUUCUCCUCUCAUCGUUAUGAAAAAGGUGAUAGAGACAAAAAGUGUGGAAUACAUGCCGUUUUACUUGUCAUUCUUCUCAUUUCUGGCUAGCUCCCUUUGGAUGGCCUAUGGUUUACUCAGCCAUGAUCUCUUUCUUGCGUCACCUAAUAUGGUGGGGACUCCAUUGGGGAUUCUACAACUUAUCCUAUACUUUAAGUACAAAAAUAACAAGGAAGCACCAAUUACAACAACAAUGGUGAUGAGCAAACACGAUGAUGAGAAGAACAAGAGUACACUUGAGCUUGUAGCUGACGUUGAUGAUGACCACGGUGAUGCUAAUGUGAAGAAUUUCAAUAAUGCAUGUUAGUUAGUUUAUAACCUCAUCGAUUUUAUUUCUUGGAUAUGUGUUUCCCUUAAAAGCUCCUUGUGAAUCCAGAUAUCUUACGUGGACUUCUCAAUGGGUUGGGAUUUCGUUACUUGAUGUUGCAUCUCUCUAUUUUUUGACCCUGUGAUCUAUGAUUUGAUAAGAUGCAGAAUUAUCGAG